GGGUGGGGUCUGGGCAUGAAAGUGGGAUCACCUUUCUCCCUAGCAGAGGGGCGGGGUCUGGGGAACGAGACUAUACCAUGGCCGCCUAUGACACUCCCGAGUAUAUUGCUGUUAAAAGACAUUUGGUAGCUCUUAAAGAUGCUGUGAUCAGAGGUGAGAUACCCGCUGUCCUCUUCCAAGAAGACGUUAUCUCCGAAGAUGCCUUCUGCAAAGCUACCAACACUGGUCUGGGUCGGGACGAGCGAGGCAAUUCUAUAAUAAAAGAAGUGUUGCAGUCUCUGCGCUUAAAUUCUGGUGUAUUCGACAAGUUAUGUGAUGCUCUAUCCAACGAUAAAUGUACGAAAGGUAUCGCCGACGAGAUGCGAGCCACACAUAUUAAAUUAAAGGAGAGUUCAGACAAACAAGACACAGAGGAGUUUGAAAAGUUAAGGAGACAACUUGAAGCCUUCAGCCUAACAUUGGACUCAGCCAGUGACUCGACUGAGCUAUCUGUAAUCAAUUGCUUCAAACAUGCAAUCCAACUAUACAUCAAAACAGGUUUAAGGGCCGAUAUAGAGACUUGUCAAGUGAAGAAUGAUAUUGAAAAGCUUUGCCGUCUUCAUCUUGUCAUUCCGACGGCAUUAUGGCGUUGGUCAAUGGAACAAGUAGAAAAAGCUGCUGAAAAGCUUGCUACUGAGCGUAGUUAUGUUCCAAAACCCCUAGUAACGAAGGACACUCCUCCACCGUCACUAUUCUCGAAAGAUACCCUAUAUCACGCUUGCCUCUGCUGUGAAGCAAUAUCAAGCUCUAAAAGUAGUUCUCUGUCCUUUUUUGAAAGCAAGAGACCACAGCACAGUCUCACAGAGGUUUCAUUUUCUCAAGUUAGGGACGACGUCGUCACACCCUACCUUAUUGCUAAACAAAAGGAUGUGUUAUAUGUUGCAUUUCGAAGUUAUUUAUCUAUUUCUGAAUGGACUAAGUCUGCUUCAUCUUUUGAAGAAGGACUACGGCAGCAAAGUGUUCAAAUUCCCCUUCGUUUCUUCACGGAUGAGCUUAUUAACAACAAGAAAAUUGUUUUCACUGGGUUUUCCUUUGGCGGGAUACUGGCCUGCUGUGUGAGUGCUCGGUUGUGGCAUAGCACAAUUGACAGAGAAGCUCUGUCGCAACGGGUUAUCUGCAUCACCUUUGGGCAACCAUUCCUACAAAUUAAGAUGGUGGAGGAAGAAGAUGCAAUUUGUCCACAGUUCAUGGAGUCCAUUCACUCUGUGUUCAAUAAAAAAGAUAUUGUUCCAUUGCUGUUUAGCUUUCUGAAUGUAGAUGAGAGCAAACACCCUAAUGUGUCACCUGGUGUAUUCCGUAAAACUAAAGCACUUGUCGGACCGGAUGAUGCAAUUCCAAAACCUACUUUUUCACCCAAAGUGGGUGGCUUCUUUCAUAUCCCAUUUAUAAAGACCUUUCUUCAAAAUCUUGCUGUUCUUCAAACAUUCCAUCCCCAAUCACGGGUAACGCAAAAAAUGAGAGGAGCAAUAAAUGAAUUAAGUGAUACAUUGAGAAGAAUUGUUACAUGUCAAGAAGCAGUAACUCUUUAUGGAAAUUGCUAUGUAAUGUCUCAUGAGAGCAGGGACCAAGGGCUGUCAUGGCAACAACAGGCAAAACAACUUGCUGCAAUUGAGUUAAACCAACAUCCACAGUUUGUGGCCGAUCAACUGAAUGAAAGGAUUUUUGAAGAGCACACAGCUGGUUGUUACAUGGUGAAAAUUACUCGAAGCUACCUGGAAAAGCAAGAAAAAUAUAAGCUGCCCAAUCAAGGUCAAGCUACGAAUAUGGUUACUGAAGUUGAUGCUCUGAAACCAAAAGUGAACGGCAUUCAGAUACAUGAAUAUCCAAGUGAAAGAGUUAUAAUAGUGCAAGGAGAAAACUUGUGGUUUUCAUACAAGGUUUGUCUGGAUGAGAAGGGACCAAACCAAAGGGAAUUUAGUGCAAUGGCAGAAGAUACGACACAAAACAUGAUUGAAUUUCGAAGUGACAUCGACAAAGGUCCAGAUAUUGAUGCAAGUAAGCAAGUGAAAUUGGCACUCUUCACUCAUUUUGCAAAUCCUAUUCGUCAGUCCGUGAAUGCUCUCCAGGAACCACAUGAAUUCUCUCCAAGACAGAUGCAAAUGGCAAAGUAUACACCAAGCCAGGUAAUUAAACUGGCAUACAUUUGUGCUCUGCUAGAACAGAAAGGACAAAGUGGACAAUCAAAGCGUUUGAAAGCAAUUGCAUCUUUUCUUAAUCAAGCAGUAAAGGUUGUUCCACUUGAAAGUGUUUUUAGAGCUAUUGCAUAUCAAAAGCAUGAGAUUGCAUUGGAGUGUGCUGAAGCUCUAAGGAAAAGGAAGUUAAACCUGCACACAUCGCAACUAAUGAUCAUGGGAGCAUUGAAGGCUUUCAUCCGUGCUUAUUCUGGUUAUGAGGGUGAGUUAAUAGAUCAACUUUUUGUCCCGCCUGUACUACCUUUUCACCGCGUGCUGCUAGUGGCAAAAAUGUGGCUUCAGUCAAUUCAAGGGCAAGGGGGUCAGACCCCUUCACAACAGCUACCUAUGCAGUCCAUACCUUUACAAUUUGGGGUAUUCCGAAGUACUAUUCCACCACAACACCUGCAUCCGUCACAAAAGAGAUCUGUGCCUUCGGAUACAAGAACGGGAAGCUCAUCUACUCCUCAGAAAAGGAAUCAAUCUAUCAAAUACUCUGAAGCUGUUGUAGCCACAAAGUCUAAGGAGGAUCACAGUGAACAGCAAAAAAGUUCUCAAAUGCAGGCUGCCCAGAUAAUGGCUGUGCCCUUCCCAUUUCCCGUUUUUGUUGAUCCACAAUUACAUCCAUCCCGUGUUCAAUUUCCUUUACACAUUGUGAAAUUUCUUGCUGUGUGUUUACAUGGGCUGAUGGAACAAACUGAGACACAUCAAUGUUUUGAAUUUGGAAAGGACCUGCGUGUGGUAACCAGAGCAAAUAUAUGUGAGGUUUAUUCUGUAUCGCCAAGAAAAUAUGGAAAGUCCACCGCACAUUUUCGGUCACCGCUACAAGUGCUAAGUGAUGGUUUGAAAAAGAUAGCUACCUACACAGACAUCAUGGAAGGUGACCACGCAUCACCGGGAGCCACAUUACCUAAUGAACAGAUGCUCAAGCUUCUUGACGAGAUAUUCAAAGAAGAUGUUGCUGUGUGUGCCUCUCUCUUGGGGGCAUUCAUGGAACAACAGAUUCGCAUUCCUCUGAUACACACAGCCAAGACCACAGCCGAAACAUUGUCUUCAAACACUGCCCCAGUUGCGGUGGGAGUGUGGGCACUUUUCAGCCAGAAUUGUGAUACCCUUAAAGCAAAACUUGAGAGCAAUAACCAGAGCAAGCUUAUUGUUGAAAUCAGAGAAUAUAUAAAAGGUAUUAGCCAGCAACUUCCUGAUAAUGAGGACAGAAUGUAUGCUGGCAAGCUUCAGUUUCUGUUGCAAGGGAUACAACAAAUAGUUACCGCCAGUAACCAAUAUAUCAGUUAUUCAUUGGAGCAUCAGCUCUGCCGAAAUCUAAAAUUUGAAAAAUCUAUUUCUCUCGGGAGUCUAAUUGAUCGGUGGGAUGCGAUUUUUGAAAAUGAUGCUUUGUCACUCAUUGGAGAGUCUCACCGGCCUCUAGUAGCUCGCUGGCUAAAGUGGACCAUUCUAGUCCAUGACCUACGUGAAACACUUGCUCAAUACACAUCCAUUGGAGUAACAGGGCUCGUUAACUCGGGAAAGUCAUUGCUCGUAAGGAAACUCUUCAAAAUUGAGUCUGUCAAGGUUGGAACCCGAGCCGUGAAACGCACAACUGUACCUCUGAUCUACAAUCUGGAAGAUACCAUUGAUGGCCUCGAUGUAAUUGACUUCCCAGGAGUUGAUGAUGGAGACCACACUGUGCCUGAACUGGCUGAUCUCUUGCUUUCCAUUGCUCAAAUUGUGGUCUUUGUUGUAGACUUCCGGAGAUGUUUUACUGAUCCUGUGAAGACAUGGCUACAAGCACUUACAAAGAAUGGUGUUGCAUUGCACAUUUGCCUUACUCAUGCGGACCUUCUCUAUUCUGAGUGCAAAGCAGAAGGAAAGCUAGGCAGCAUUGCUGGGGAAUUAAAGGUACGUAUGUACGUACGUAUAUGUCUCCUGAUCAAAUAAUGUGCAUGUAAUAAUUCAUAUAUGCAGCGUAUUCAAAACCAUUUCAAUCUCGAUCCACACCGUACACGAGAUGUAACUUUCUACUCAUUUGAUCACCCAUCUGAUCUCAGCACCGAAGAGCUAAAAGAAUACGGCAUUAACUCUGUUGUGGACGUGGGUGAUUGGCUCAUACGUGUUCUGAGACACAGGUUUAAACAUGAUACACUUGCUGAAAAACUGAAACUAUUUUUAGAAAUGUAAAUCUUUUUUGUAUAAAACUCUAUCGGUUACUGUGUAUAAAAUUCAUUAAUCUGUGUUAUACCAUGGUGUGUUGUCGUAAGCAUAAAACAUGUUGUAACUGCAAAGAAGAGCCUCUGCUUGAUAUUGUUUUCACACUGAGUGUUUUUAUAGUAUGUGCAGUGCCCUCACGUACAGAUAAUUAGAGCUACGGUAGAUGCACUAUAGGGAUGGCACGGGUCAAAUCUCACAUGUUCCUCAUACAAAAUGCCUCAAAACUCAGCGAGAAUGACUCGCUAUGGUUUUAAAACUCACUAGCAAUAGUCUACG